AUGGCAUCAUCUAACUCUUCUAUUUCUCAUUCGUCAAUCCAAAUUUCAUCUUCAGAACUUGCGAUCAACUCGACUUCAAAUUACACUUCGGAAUCCAUUAAAUUAUUAUUGAUGAAUGAUAGUGCAAAUUAUAAAGUUAUACCAAAUCAAAGUAAGCGUGUCUCAGCGGUGUGUUGGAAGAGAAUGGAAAUGGGCUUUCCGGCUAAAAAGUUACAUGAUAAAGACGAAUUUAUAGUGAUUCCUGGUUUUGUAUCUUGCUUUAAAUGUUGGGAAACUUAUCGUUAUGUAAAUUCAAGCACUACUCACAUAAAUUCUCAUAAAUGUCCUAAAUUAUUAUCAUCAAAUCAAACAUAUCUUGAUCAGCAUUUUUUAUCAAAAUCAAUUCCUCAUCAAACUGAUCAACGCACAGUUCCUGUUACAAAAGCUAUUGCUAAAAGACAAGAAGAAAUGAAGAAAGUCUGUCGAGAAUUUGGCCCUGAUACAGUGAUAUCUUCUAAUGAUAUUAUUAGCUGUGAUCGAACAAUUAAAAAUGAAAUUAAAAGGUUAGCUGCUCAUGAAAGAUUAUUACUCAAAAAUCGUUUGGUGGAAGCUGUGAAACAUGGUGGUGUGUGUAUCAAUCGAGAUAUAUGGAGCGAUGAGUAUCGCAAAGUUUGUUACUUAGGUCCAACAGCUCAUUUUGUCGAAAAAGAUAGUAAAUAUUACUCGAUUGAUUUAUUUUGCACUGAAUUUAAAGCAAAGAAGAAAAGUGAUGAAAAUAUAAUGAAACUGUUACGCAAGGAAUUAUUAUCUUUUGGAUUAGAAAACUAUCUGUCUGAUAUUGUAUUUGUUACUGAUCGUGGUAGUAAUUUCGUUAAAGGUUUAGAUGGUUUUACGAAAAAAACACCUAAUAAAACAACUAAAUACAGAACCACAAUUCAAGCAUCACCAGAAAUCGAUUCUCAGAUAGAAUUAUUCGAUGGUGAAGAUGAUUAUGAAACAGAGGAUUCCGAAAUUAGUGAUGAUGAUGAUGAUGAUGAUAGUAUUAUUGAUUAUUCAUCUACUACAAUUAAUGACCUACCAACAUCUGCAAGAGAAAUUUUAGAUACUAUUCAUUAUUGUAAAGCUUUAGCAAACCUUGAUCGUCAUAUUCAAGUUGAACAAGAAGAUGAAUAUGGUUCAACAACUGAUGAUGAUAGUAAUAAAAAACAAUUCUUAAAAUUUACCUCUCUUCAUCAAUCUUCGAUCGUUCGAUGGCUCUCUUUACAUGAAUUAUUAUCAAGUACUGAAAAAGAUUAUCAUCCUCUGAAACAUAUUUUACAUGAAAAACAAGAAUCAUCAAGACUUGAGAAGAUCAAUGUGAAUAUUGUUAGUCAAUUAAUGAAAUUUUUGGAGCCAUGGAAAUAUGUAAUGAAUGAAAUUCAACUUGGUAAUUCACCAUCAUUAUUUAUGACAUUUCGUUGUAUCGGUUACCUAAAACAACAAAUUACAAAAAAGGAACGAACAAUGAGAGGUGGUGAGUUUUUUUCCAUUAAUUAUGAAGAAUAUUCUUACAAUCUUUCUCCUAUUUUUUAUUUAGGUAUGAAAUUAUUUGCUAAACGAGCAUCACAAUUAUUAGAAUCUAUGUUUAAAAUUAAAAAUUUGCACGUUGUGGGAACAUUUUUACAUCCAAAUUAUAAACAAUUAAGAAAUGCUACACAAAUGCAAAUAAUUGAAUGUCAUCGUUCAUGUCGAAUGGCAAUUCCACCAUCAUCAACUUCGGCAACUGUAUCAUCUAAUGAUUGUAGUGAUAUUAAUGAACCUUUAACAAAGAAACGGAAACUUUUCUUAGAAUCAUUAAUGGAUGAUGUAACUCCAGUUGUAGUGACACAAACAAGAGAUGAAGUCGAUUUAUAUAUUGAUUUACAACUUAAGGAUAAUGAGAUUUAUACAAAUCCACUUAUAUUUUGGCAGCAACAUCAAUCAGAGUUCUCUUAUUUAAGUAAACUUGCAAGAAAAAUAUUUGCUAUUUUGUGCAGUUCUGCCGCUGUGGAACGUGCAUUUAGCGCAGCUGGUCAGGUAGUCACACAGCGUCGAUCUAGCCUCGAACCUACUACAAUUAAUGAUAUACUUUUUCUACGCUCAGUAGAAAAUAAUAAAAGACAUUUAUAA